AUGAGUGAGUUGGGUGAUAUCCUGAACACGGCGCAGGUUGCGAAGCACUAUGAAGCCAUUCAGUUCCUGUCCUCUCAUGCAAAUGUGGAGUACACGCUGGCACAGCUGGAUUUCUUGAUUCCUCGUGGCGCCUCACUGCAGCGCUUUCCUGAUGCGUGGCGGGAGUACAUGGAGGCGGGACACUGCGGCAAUCACUGCAUUGAGGUCUACCACCGUCCCAUUGAUGCCCCGGGAUGUAGUGCAGCCGGUGACACGGCAGCCAUUGGGAUGGAGGCCAAAACGGAACUUGUUCUUGUAUGCCGACGGCCGGAGGUGCACAGUCUUGAAGAGCUCGCACGGUUGUUGCAGUCUCCUGCCAUGCUACCGGACACUGAUGGAUGCGUGGCACUUCACACGGACCAAGUAAUUCUACAAGAAAGACUUUUGAAGGAGUCGCAACAAAGGGGCCUACUCUACUACUUUCCCGAUAAUUAUAUUAAAGCUCGUGAACACCGAUUGGUCAAAGGGAAAUUAGGGUUCUUCAGCGAAGGCGAAGCAUUGGAUGCGUUUUUGCGCAGCGAUGAAUCCGAUGCGGUUUUGGGCGCUGACGGGCCAAUGGGGCGGUUGGAACUUCCUGCAGGGGUGGUGGCUCAGUCGAUGUUGUACACACGUCGUGGAGUGCCUGUGCGAAGCAAGAACAGCAUUCCAACUCGUCUCAACGUGGGCGAACGUGCCUUGGUAGUGGUUGAGCGGGCGGCGUCUUCGAAUCAUUACUCCUCCACGCCUGUGAAUCCCCCGGCGUUGAGAGUCUCACUGGGUCUCGCCACGGGGAACACAGGCGGUGUUGCGCCACUUGAUGUGCGCGUUAAGGUGUCGCAGAGUUUGGGUGGGACGCCGCGGAGUUUCAUGGAUAUUCGGGCGCAGGCAAAGGGCAAGGUGACGGCGUCCCUGUUUGUGGAUGACCUGGAAACGAUCGUACCCGUGGAGGUUGUGGACGAGGUGGUGUCCAUGCCGGGGGUGAUGAUUAGGCGGGAGGCGCUUCCUGCGUUUCCCGUCCCCGAGGAAAUUUGCAUCAAUGACCCUGCACUCUGGAGCGGCGGGGUUCUCGAUGAGGACUCCAAGUGCGUGGGGCCGAAGAGACUGGGGAAUGGUGUGGCGGGCACGGCGCUCUCGUGGUGGCUAAAUCCCUCCACCGCGGUGCUUAGGGUGCGAGAUAUCACCAUUCCGGAUAGCGAGGUUAUGGCUGCUGCUUCACGCACCGUGUGGAUUCCGCAUCAGACAGAUGAGGCAGCAUUGCGGAUUGUAAGAAAAACACUGCGGGAACAGCAUGCUGCGGAGAAGGCACGAUGGAGUCGGCGGAAGCGCAACCGAACCCGUGAGUUACGGAAUUGCCACAUGCUUCACUUUGGCUUUGACGCCUUGGUGCCUUUUGGUGGCGGCGUGCAGGACCACUAA